ACCAAGAAUUGCACUUUGAACAAAAUGCCUGUCACCGAACUUGCACUUCUCCGACUUCGCCCAGGUACGGAAUGGCCGACAGCAGAGUUGAAUGCAAAACUACGACAAGCCAAACGUGUCAUGGAGACGGCCAGCGGCUUCGACUUUCGCUAUUUUCGCGCUGUGGAGGAUCCGGACGUGAUCUUCAUUUUUGGCGCUUGGCCAUCUGUCGAGUUUCAUAUGACCAACUUCAUUCCAAGUCAAGACAACCAAGAAUUACUUGAACUGCUCAAGGAUCAGGUCACUGUUGAAUGGAUGUUUCACCUGGAUAUCGAUCAAACUCAUUCUCCUCCUCCGUGGCACACGAAUGUGAUUGCGGUCGUGCGGCAUUUUAUUACAGAUGGCGAGAAAGAGAGCUUCAAAGCCACGUUCGAAACGAAUAAACACCACCUUGAAGCAUUCAUUGGAGGAUCUGACCGAGUAGUGGGAGGCUGGAGAAUAGACAAGGGGUUUGACCCAUCACUGGAAGGAGAAGUUAAGAGCGAAUACGUCCUUAUAACGGGCUGGAGGAGCGUGGAACAGCACCAUGAUUUUGCGAAGACGGAUGGAUUCGAGAAAUACGGUCAGAUCAGGAACCAUCUUGCUGGGGCAGAGAUCAAGCAUGCGGUACGGCUCGAUUUGGAAGAGGAGGCACAGGCCCAUGUUGAUGGUUGAGAAGAAGCGGCAUGGCCGGCCUCGUGUCGUCAGAGUAAGGAAAGUACUGUACUCGUAGAGAGUGCUCCCAUCGACUAUCUAGGUAUUAGUCAGGUGUGGCUUGAACUGAUGCACGAAAUAUCCGUAGGUGUGAGAGAUUUUUUGAUGUUGCAGCAUUGAUACGAGACGAAGAACAUGGGGUAAUUGUCCGAGCUAGUCACAAG